AUGACACCUAAAGCUAACGAAUGGAGUGCAGUCGCACAAAAAAGGGUUUUGGAGAAGAAGACGCACGUUAGUUUUCCUCAAUUGAAGUAUCCGUCUCUAAGAGAUAGUGGUUUUAAAGAUCCGGUACAGUGGCUGGCUGGAAAAGUAUUAGACGACGGCGCCGAAGGAUUAUGGCGAAUUCACGACAAACUUUACGAUCUAACAAGUUUCAUAAAGAAACAUCCCGGCGGAGAAGAGUGGCUGGAACUUACGAAGGGGACUGAUAUAACGGAAGCAUUCGAGUCGCACCAUUUGAAACCAUCAACCGAAAAGCUACUAGACAAGUUCUACAUCAAAGACGCAGUAACGCCAAGAAACUCUCCAUUCACGUUUAAAGAGGACGGGUUUUACAGAACUCUGAAGAGACUUGUUUAUGAGGAAUUAAAAAGGAUACCGAAAGACGCUAAUAAAACCAGUGACAGGAUAACGGAUGGAUUAUUCAUAGUUCUCUUGUGCUGUUCGAGUUUGGCAAGUUGGGUAACGGUUUAUUGGUUGUCUGUGUUGUGGUGUGUGGUCGCGGCUGUAAGUUUGGCGCUGUUGACUGUUACAUGCCAUAACUUCAUCCACCGAAGAACUAAUUGGAGGAUGUUCUUGUUCAACAUGAGCAUGUGGUCGUAUCGAUUUUUGAGCGUGUUCCUUCGUCGAGGAUUCUUCAAAGCGCAUUAUGGUUGGCAUGACGCCAUCGGCUUUACUCUGCCUUUUAUCAUGUGGCUGACGAGUGGCGCCCCUUUCCUCCAUGUGGUUUAUACGUGGAUGUGGAUCAACUGCACCGGGAGUUUACUGUUCUUCCUGAUAGCUGUAAAUGCCGCUCAUCACCACCCCGAUGCUAUUAAGGAUGGGGACCAGCCCAGCACUGAAACACCAGAUUGGGGUGAGCAUCAAUUGGAGGCUCUUUUGGACCGCAAGGACGUUAACAGCAAUUCAUUCGGGGUAGCCACGCUUUUCGGCGACCACGCCCUUCAUCACAUGUUUCCGACACUCGAUCACGCGGUGUUAAAGUAUUUGCACCCGAUUUUUAUCGAACACUGCAAGCUGUUCGAAGCUAAUUAUAGGGUGUCCACGCAGUUUAAAAUGGUCGUCGGUCAAUUCGAAGAAGUCAUGCGAACGAGGUUUCAAACAAGCGACGAGAGAAAAAUAAAGUCAUUAAGAGAUUGA